GUCAAUAUUUAAAGGUCAGCAAUUUCAGCCAGCAAAUUUUGAAUCACGACAAACUUUUAAAGGCCUUGAAGCAAAGAUUAUAACUAAUCGGAGCCAUGGAACAAUCUCCACUUUACCAAGAAUACCUUGAUUGGCAGGGAUUUCGCGAUCUCACGGCAAUGGUUACUUCGACUGUAGAAGAAUAUGCUCAAUAUCUUUCAAGAGGUAUUUCCAAAAUCCCAGAUCGACCAAGACAUCAAUUAAGAAUAGGAUGGCGGGACGAAAAAAUAAGUGAUCUGUCAGAUGUGAAGGUCAAAGCAAAGGACAGCGGAGUACAGGAGAAGCAGGCUUUGCUUGAAAAUCGACUUAUAUAUUGUCCAAAAACAUGGCAAAUCUCCGAGAUUAAGUUUUAUCACGAUCUUCCAACAAUUCCUAUUCAAAUAGCCUGGCCUAUGGACAAUGAGGAGAUUGUACCGAUUUUGGAAUCAUUCACCUCGUUCUCUAAACUUCCUACCGAGAUUCGACACAUGAUUUGGGGCUUUGCUUUGCACUGCAAUCCUCGAGAUGUCAAACUUUACGUCGACCGAAAAUAUUGGAAGCCUCCCAAAAAGAGCCCAAAUCAUGUGGUAGAGUUAACAUGUCAUAUAAGACAACAUGGUCCCAUUGCUUCCAAACUUCCGAUCCCUUUACUCUAUGCCUGUCGAGAAUCACACUUGCUUUUUAUGAAAAAAUAUUCCAAGAUGAACGUCAGCGUUCCGGUCCAGAGAUGCGAUCUCAACUUACAGGCUGUAGGACUUCGUAAAAAUCAGACUGUGGAUUGCGAGAUCCGGGUUGACCGCAAAGGAUACAUGGACUUUCGUCAGGAUACAUUGAUGACGGCAUACUUUCGCAAGGUGACAGGUAUACUUUGGAAGUGGAAUCUUACUACUUUGGAUCUAUCUAUGGUUGAGAGCAUUGCUUUACAGCACACAUUCCGCUUGAUAUAUCCCAAACCAUUUUAUGGAGGGAAACGGGAGUUAUGGGAAGUACUCGAAACUAGAUGCCCGAGUCUAAAACGCCUGAGCUUGAUGGUCGGUCGGAAUUCACUGGAGAAUUACAACUGGAGUCCAGACCAACAACCAGUUGCACGUAUUUUGCCAAUCAAUGCGGAAUUUGUUGAUGGAGUCACAUUUGGUUUUCAAAAUCCUUGUCAAGAUGAGUACGACCAUACAAAAAGCGAUCAUGAUCUGAAAUUAUUGAAGACGAAGCUUCGAACCUAUGUGAAGACUUUGGCUCGGGAGCUUCAAACAAAAAUCGAUGAUGCCGAGCGAACGAAAUCAUUAUACUACCAGCAAGUUGAGCGCAAUCCAAACUAUUGGCAAAAAGUUGAUGUCAACCUGGCUUAUGUCUCUUGGGUUGUGAGUAGUUUCUAUACUGGGGAGCAGAUGGAGAAGGUCAUAGUUACGCCUCCGAAAAAUUUGCAAGUUUCGAUGCCGGACUCAUAUUUCUGGGCCCAGAGACCAAUAGAACUUUUGCAUAAGAAGCCGGUUUUGAAAUUCGGAACUCAAGGAUUCGCCGUAGCUUGUCAUCCUGAUGGAAGCUUGCUUAACAGGUACGAAGGGGUGAGGGAAAUGUUUGAACGACAAGAAGAUUGAUGAUCUGAGCUGGGCAUGAGGGAUGUUUGCGAAUAAGUUGCUUUAUUACACAUUGAUCAUUCCGUGAGUCGUUGAUACUAGCCUCGCAAUCCAUAAUCCAUUACGUCUUUCAUCUUUGUGAUUGCUCGAUAUCAGUUCAUUUUUUUCGCAUCGUCUGUACAUUUCUCUCCUGCAUACCUGUGUUCGUAUUACAUUUCAAGUUUUGACAAUAGCGCCUGUCCAUUUUUACCUCCACCGGACCGCAUAUUGAGACUGUCGAGAAGUUGUUAGUAUCUUGAGGUUAGGUAUGUCAAGUGAAAAUGGGAUGAGAUGGUUGAAUGGCGGUUUGACUUGCGUUGAGUGAAGCA